AUGACCACUAUUCCCACGCUAGAAUUACCUCCUCAGCCAGUGGGGAAUGAUAAUCCCACAAAGUUACCACCACAAAGAAUUCCUAUUAUAGGUUUUGGAAGUGGCACUAAAUGGAGGAUAACUAAAUCCUCUGGUGAAACCAAGGGCAAAUUUAUCCAACAACUAGCUGAUCAAGUUAAAAAUGCAAUCGAAGUGGGAUUUAACCACAUAGAUACAGCAGAAGCCUACAAAACUCAUGAUGAAGUUGGUGUGGGCAUAAAGGAAAGUGGUAUUCCAAGAGAGAAGCUAUGGAUCACUGAUAAAUACACCACGUGGUCUUGGUUAUGGAGAAAAGGCACCGGCCCGCUAGAUUCUUUAACUAUUUCAUUAAAAAAAAUGGAUUUGGAAUAUGUCGACUUAUAUCUUUUACAUACCCCUACCAUUACUUUGGAAACUAGCGGUAUUACAUUAAAGGAGGCUUGGAAACAAAUGGAAACUAUUUAUGAAUCCGGCUUAGCAAAAAACAUCGGCGUUUCAAAUUUCUCAGUUGCAGAUUUAGAAUACAUCAAAUCUUUUGGAAAAUAUAAACCUCAGGUUAACCAAAUCGAAUUUCAUGCCUAUUUACAAGCACAAACUCCUGGCAUUGUUAAAUAUUGUUUUGAUAAUGGAAUUAUAGUAGAAGGUUAUUCUCCGUUAACCCCAAUCACCAAGGCAAGACCUGGCCCCUUAGAUAACUUGCUAACCAACUUAGCUGAAAAGUAUGGAAAAUCGGAAUUGCAGAUUUUGUUAAGAUGGGUUACUCAGUAUGGUGUAGUAGUAUUAACGACAAGUUCGAAAAGGGAAAGACUAUUGGAAGCCAUAGAUAUUUUUAGUUUUGAACUUUCUAAGCAAGAUUUUGAGGAAAUCUCAAAAAUCGGAAAGCAAAAAGUUUUCCGUAGUGUGUUCAAUGAGAAUUACGAUAAAUAUAACAAUGUUUUAUACGAUUGA